AUGAUGAAGAGGUCUAAGAUGAAACGGCGGCGAAGUACAGAUGACGUCGAAUCCCAUCGAGAAACAAGAAACACUGGCGUGAAUACUACUUCUAGUCGGCGAGCUUCUUCAGCUGACUUAACGAAAGCUUUCCCAAAGUCGACUUCGACUACCGAUCUCACCGAAGCUGACGACUACAUGGACGACGAGAAGCUUGAGAAUUUCAUCAGAGAGGAGCUCCAAAAGAUCGUGGAGGUCAAGCAAAAGGAGCUCCCACCAAUUAGUGACACCAGUGACGAAGACGACGAAGACAACGAAGAAAACUAUGAAGCUAAUCAAAAAGUUAUGAACGAAAGCUACGCUGAUGAUCGACCGUCGGAGUCGCUCUCAAAGAAAGCAAUUACAAAAGCGAAGUCAAACAAAACGACGCAGGUUCAAACGGAUAGCAAAAAGGAGAAGCUCGUCCGCAUCAGGGCAGGUGGCGUUUCUGGGCAGGACAACAAACGUGUGUUGAUGCGAGUUCGACGGUUAUCUGAAACAGGUGAUGAGGGAGAAGAAUACGAAGUUUACGAGGACGACUGGGAAGAGAUGGGUGCAAAUCGGCCAACUGGUAAAGAAGCUUCGAGAAGGUACAUUCACGAGAAAUCUAUAUUCCAAGAGUUAACACACCUGAAGAGAAUGCAGAUCCAAUACGGAAAGGUACAAGAACGCAUACUUGUGCGAUCGUUGGUAGGAAACUUCUGUAAGAUGCAUGGACUAGAUCCUGCGCAUUUCAAGUUCCAGACAUUCUACUCAUGGGAGAAGUUCCUUUACGACCAACUGAAGUUAAUCUACAUGGAAGAACGAGCCAGACUGACACAUGCGAGACUUGCACCAUCUUCACGGUCGACAGCAAUUGGUCGAUUCGAAACGCGCAUACGACAGGCAAGAGCUAUACCCCUAAGCAACGAUCCGGUGAAGCGCAUGAGCCGAGUUUACGGUAGCAGCACGAUGACUAGCGGAAAGUCGGUUGGGAAGAAGAAGACUGACAAGCAAACUGGAUUAGUAGGUGGUGGGAAAAGAUGUGACUGCCUCGGGAAACACCUUUUGAUCAAGCAAUAG